AUGUUUUAAAAUAAAAUUACGUGUAUGAAAUAUGCAGUUAUUAAUUCUCCGAACCUAUUUAAAUGAAAAUACACGACAAAUGGCGCAGUCGGUCGAUAUUUAGUACUGUUUUUCGUCUAGUUCGCGAGUUUUGAGUGCCUGUGCGGUGGAAAAAAUGGCUAAAGUUGAUCCCAAUGUGGAAGCUUUAUGCGCAGCCAUUAAUAAACAAAGCAAGGCGAUCGAGAAGCAAAGCCAGCUUCUCCAGAGCGUUCUAGACAAACAGAGCAAAACUGCAAUUCCAGCUCCUGCUCCGGGUAAAAUUGAUAAAUUUGAAGCUGAGGCCGAAUCAUUCGACGACUACGUGGAUCGUCUUCAAAUGCAUUUUCGUAUGCAUAGUAUUACUGAUUCGACCAAACUGUAACUUUACUUACCAAUUUACCACCCAAAUUGUUUCAACUUGUUAAAUCGUUGUUAUCGCCUGUUAAACCGGAAAGUAAAUCAUUCGACGAUCUAGUUAAAACGCUUCAUGAUCACCUGUGUCCAAAGCCGUUAAUAAUCGUCAGCCGGAAAACUUUCCUCAGCUAUAAGCAGAAAGAAGGCGAAUCUAUCAGCGAUUACAUUGCGGAGCUACGUAAACUAGCUGUCAACUGCCAAUAUCCUGAAUCUAUGUUAAAUACCAUGUUACGUGACGUUUUCGUUACUGGUCUUCGUUCGAGAUCAAUUUUAGAUCGGAUAUUGGAGGAAGAUGAUAUUCCUUUAGAAAAAACGCUCGAUAUUGCUAGAGCCAUGGAGGUGGCAAACGGAGGUACUUCGCAAAUUUUACACAACGAAAAAGUUGAUAAACUUAACAAGCUGUCAUAUGCCAAUAAGAAGAAUCGAAGGGCUAAAGCUAAAGAUCAAGGUAACGAUCCUCCUAAAAGCAACACCUCUGCUUCUUCAGUCAAACAGCUGGGUAAAACUUUCGAAUCUGGCCGAAGGUGUUUUAAAUGUGCACGUACUAACCAUUUAUCUCCUCAGUGCAAAGCUAGAAAUUUAAACUGUACGUAUUGCAGUAAACAAGGCCAUGUUGAGGAAGUGUGCCGUAAAAAAGCAUCGGAUAAAUCACAGAGCUCCGGCAUUCACCAGUUUAAAGCUACAGACGAAGAUGAAAUUUAUCCUAUCAAAGUUCUCUCGUUUGAUAGUGCUGAAUGUCCACCAAUGAUCGUAACAGUUCAUCUAAAUGGCAAACCAGUGAAGAUGGAACUUGAUUCAGGUGCUAGAGCUAGUGUUAUCAGUAAAAAUAAUUUCAACCAGAUACCUGAUAACCCAACUAUUCGAUCAACAACAGUUCGUUUUCGCGAUUACGAUGGUAAUCUUAUCGUUCCGUUGGGUGUUUCCGAUGUUCGAGUUAAAUUUAAUCAAAAGGAGAAAAAUUUGCAGCUGUAUGUGCUCGAAAACGAUCGCGAUAGUUUAUUUGGCCGUGAGUGGCUACAUGCUUUCAAUAUGGGAAUUUCCGAGCUGAAUCAGUUAUCAAUGUCACGUCCCGAAGUUAUCAAAUUGGAUGAUAUUUUACAUGCUCGGCCAGUUUUUCAAAAAGCUCGAACUCCUCCAUACUCGCUUAAGGAGGCAAUUGAAACCGAAAUUCAUCGUUUGGUGAAAAUUGGAGUGUUGAAAAAAGUUGAGCAUUCAGAAUGGGCAUCGCCGGUUGUUCCUGUUGUCAAAUCCGAUCAAACAGUGCGUUUAUGUGGCGACUACAGUGGUACAGUUAACCCACAGAUCCUGGUGCCGCAUUAUCCAUUCAAAGGUUACGAUGACGUUUUUUCAAAGCUGAAUGGUGGCGAAAAAUUUACUACAGCCGAUGUUAUCACUGCGUUUCUUCAGUUAUCAGCAGAUGAACAAACUCAAAUAAUACUUACCUUGAACACUCAUCUGGGUUUAUUUCAACCUACAAGCAUCAUGUAUGGCGUUGGCUGUGCUCCAGCUUUUUUCCAAGAAUUUAUGGAUAAAAAGUUUGGUCAUUUAAAGAAUACCUGUGACGUUAUCGACGAUCUCAUCAUGACUGGUAAAGACGAUGAAGAACAUCUACAAACCAUCGUGGAGGUUUUAGAAAUUUGCCUACAGUGUAAUAUUCGUUUGAACCUGAAAAAGUGCAAAUUUCUUCAAAGCCAAGUCAAAUUUCUUGGUUAUUUAGUCGAUAAAAAUGGUGUUCACAAGACUGCAGAGAAAAUUUCAGCCAUUAUGGAUGCGCCAAGACCUCAAAACGGCGAUGAAAUUAAAUCGUUUCUUGGUAUGGUUGGAUUUUAUGGGAAAUUUUUUCCAAAUUUAGCCACUAUUGCAGCUCCGUUGAAUUAUUUAACCGGUAAAAAUCGUCAUUUCGAAUGGACAUCCGAGUGUCAAGAAAGUUUUGAGAAAAUUAAGCAAGAGAUCGCAUCGGAUCGCGUAUUAUUCAGAUACGAUCCCAACUUACCUCUUUUGCUGUCGGUAGAUGCGAGUCCAGUUGGGCUAGGUGCCGUUUUAGCGCACGAAGUCACUGGUCAAGAACGUCCGAUUAUUUUUGCAUCUCGUACUCUCAACAGAUCCGAACGUAAUUACUCACAGAUCGAUCGAGAGGCAUUGGCGAUUAAAUGGGGAAUUGAAAAAUUUGCUCAUUAUUUGUACGGUGCGAAAUUUACCCUGAUAACUGACAGUGAACCGUUGGUUCAUAUUUUCGAUCGAAAACGAAGUCUACCAAAGCUUACUGUUACUCGUUUGCAACAUUACGCAUUAUAUCUCACCAUGUUCAACUUUAAGGUGAAAUAUCGUCGAUCCGAAGACAACGGUAAUGCUGAUUUCUUGUCACGCUGUCCAAUUGGUGUCAUCGAAGCUAAUACAACAGCUGACACUUCGAAUCAAUCCGAUUUAGCUGAAAUAUUUCAAUUGAACCAACUCGAUUGUUUCAAACUUACCUCGAAAGAAAUUGGUUUGGCAACUCUCAAUGAUCCGGAGCUGAAAGUAAUCUAUGAGAAGCUUCGUUAUGGCGAAUCGUUGGGUGCAAACGAUGGAAAAUUAUCGUUACAAGGUCGCAGUAUUUUUCACGGAAUUCGAGUUUACAUUCCGCAAGUACAUCGUAAUGCAGUUUUAGACGAAUUACAUGCCGGUCAUUUGGGCAUUGUCCGAAUGAAAGCUUUAGCGCGUUCGCAUGUUUACUGGCCUGGAAUUGACCAUGAUAUUGAAGCGUUGGUCAAACGUUGCGCAUCGUGUACCGCAGUUUCCAAAGAUCCGAAGCAAGUUACGCAUUUUUGGGAAUAUCCAUCUCAACCUUGGGCUAGAAUUCAUAUCGAUUUUUUGGGUCCUUUUUACGGUCAUAAUUUUUUUAUUCUUGUUGAUGCGUAUUCGAAGUGGCCGGAAGUAUUCAAAGUACCAAAUAUUACAGCAUCAACAACGAUUCGAAUACUUCGUUCCUUAUUUGUUCGAUAUGGUCUACCUAUAACGAUUGUAUCUGAUAACGGACCAACAUUUACCAGUAUCGAGUUCAAGAAAUUUCUACAAGAAAAUGGUAUUCAUCAUGUUACAACUACUCCUUAUCAUGCUAAAUCGAAUGGCCAGGCGGAGAGGUUCGUAUUCACUUUUAAACAGGCAUUCCGUGCUCAAUGUGAUGGAAAAUUAUCAAUCGAGGAAAAGAUUGAUAAUUUCUUGCUGACCUAUCGAAGAGCUCCGAACAGCACGACUGGUGAAACUCCGGCAAAGUUGUUUAUGGGUCACGAAAUACGCACGCGCCUCGAUUUCCUCCGACCUACCAAAGGAGAAAAGAUCACCGGUACUCAAGUACCUAAUUUCAAAGUUGGUGACGAAGUUGCUUUUCGCGAAUAUCAGAAUCGCGAGUCAAAAUGGAGUGAUGGAGUUAUUGUCAAGCAGCAGGGUGCUGUUAAUUACGAGAUCGCACGUACAGACGCUGAUCAAGCUGUUAAUCGUGAUAUUGUACGUAGACACGCAGAUCAAAUUAUUCCUCGAAGUACUCCUGCUGAAAACACUCCUGCUCAAGACGAAAAUCCGAGUCAGGUUGCGGCUCCGAAACCUGAAGCUGAUUCUGCAGCUGAUUCUGAGCUGAGGCGUUCCAGCCGAUCGAAGAAACCUGUAAAUCGUCUCGAUCUAUAAAAAACCCAAAGGGGGAAGAGUGUGGUGUCUGUAUAGACGGCAGCACCGAAUUCGUAGAUCGUUGAAUCGUAUGUGUAUGUGUGCUUGGCACAAUUGUAGAUAUUGGGAGGUAUGAGUUUUAG